GCAGUGCAUGUUCAACUUCAAAAACGAUCCUGCAGUUGAUCAAUCAACAAGUCUAGUAAUAAAAAGAACAGAAAUCUCCCCGGCAGACGUCCCAGUAACACAAAUCGAAAUAUGGCUUCUGAACUUCAAUCGAUUUACAGCUACGGAGUGGGUCUGAUUAGCAUCCUUCAAUCCUCAUUUCCCGAUGGAGAAAGCUUCUUCAUGGACAUCUCCAAAAUCUUUGAUCCGAAAUACGUUUUCACCGUCUACUUCCCAGUCAUCUUCGCUCUUCAAUGGGCUCUUGGAGUCAAGUUGUUGGGCACCAUCAUCGUCGUAGAGUGGCUCAAUCAAAUUCUGAAAUGGCUGAUGCACGGUGAUCGUCCUUAUUGGUGGGUUCACGAGGUAGAAGCCGCUUACAACUCCACGUCGCUCUUACCUGAGAUCUUCCAGUACCGAUCCACCUGUGAAACUGGCCCAGGGAUGCCAUCCGGUCAUUCGAUGGCCAUGUCCGCAGCCUGGUACGUCGUUGUCCAGUCAUUCAUCGAUCGAGUCGUCAAGCCUUCAAAGAUGAGUGCUUCAUUGAAACAGCAAUCCAUUCAACUCCUGUGGGCCGCUUUCGUUGUCAUCCAAACUCUCGUUGUUAUGUCGAGGAUGUACAUCGCUGCCCAUUUUCCUCAUCAAUGCGCUCUCGGACUCUUCUUGGGUGUGUCUAUUGCUCAUCAAGUGUACGGCUCAUCAAAAUGGUUGAACCUUAAACGCGGCCAAUGGCUUCUUGUGGCUUCCGUCAUCAUGGCCAGCGCUAUCGGCACUUAUUGGUUCCUGUUGUUGACCGGAAGAAACCCGGCCUGGUCAAUCAGCCAAGCUUACAAAUGGUGCGCCAAACGCGAAUACAUCCACGUUGACACCACCCCAUUCUACAGCCUUACUCGCUACAGCGGUGCCGCUUUCGGUCUUGGUCUUGGCCUUACUUCCAGGUUUUUUAGCCAGACGGAGCGUACGAGCUUCACCCGAGUCCAGAUGAUGGCCACUUUAGUUUUGGGUCUUAUCCUCGGGUACGGAGCGGAACUUGCUCACGUUGCCAUUCCCAAGACAAACGAGUCGGUGUUUUACACGUUAGAGUUCCUUUUGAACGUCGCUUUCCCCUACAGCGCAAUCGCAUUGGUACCUUAUGCCGUGAUGAGGUCCUCAUCAGCAAAAGUGAAAUCCUUGUAAGUGGAACAGAGGAAAUGAAGAGAAGCUACGAGACAAAAAAAGCUCAUACCUCACGCGCAUUUGGGUCGGCGUCUGCAAUCGACCUACGUGAUUUUUUUUUUUAUAGUUAAAUGACUGUAUUGCGGAGAAUGUUUUUUUCGUUUACUUGUUCAUGUUUAAUGCUUCAAUGUUGCAGCCAUUCUGAAUCUGAUUUUGGAUGAAGCUGGCUUGAAUCCCAAUAAUGUUAACUGGCUCCAUGAAUCUUUCUUUUGUGACGAAUUGGUGAUAUUUAUGUUCAUGUUUUAUGUAUGCGACCAGUUUUAUUAUUUGAAUGUCAGAAUUAGGUAAAUUCACGAAAUUCCAUAAUAUACCAUGUUUACGAAAUAAAAAAUUUUUAACUUA